GAGACCUUGGACCUACAAUUUUCUCUGCAAUCUGCAUUUUUCGGAAGGGUCUCCUAAAUAGGCUCUUCCAACAAAGGGAACUGAAUUCAAAGGCCAAAGCUACUACCUUGGAGUGCCUUCUACUAAUCUUACACGACUACAGAACAAGCGAUAUAAAGUUUGAAAUGGAUCUCUAUAUUGCUCAGUUGUUCUAUUAGACAGAUUAAUUCAGAUGUUAUGGUGUAUGGGAAAUUCAGAUUUCAUGAUCAUAUGGGAAAUUGGAAAGCUUUGUGGACCUUGUCACCGGAGGUCUCUUGGAAGUCAUGAAACAUGCAAUUGUUUGAGCAAAUAUGGCGUGGCUCCUGUGUCCACAAACCAUUCCCUCGGGUUUGACCCGACAAGAUUCACCUCGGUGACAACCGCGCAGAGGUCCAAGUUGUCAAGCUCUGCACACAUGGCUUCAGUGGUUUUCUUCUUUCGCUUCUGUGGCUUCUUUUUCCUACAUGACGCCUACUUUCUCUUCAUUGCAUUUAUUGAAGAUGACCAUAAGCUCUUCAGCUUGGGUGACAACAGAUUUGCUGUCGACCAUUUUGUACUCCAGCAUCUUCCCAACGAUGAACUUCUUCGUGCCGGCAUCUUCAGCUUGAUACUUCUUGUUCAAGCUAUUCCAAAGCUCCUUAGCAAACUUUGCACCGGCAUAGACGGGGUACAACGUCUCGGCCAACCCCUCGAGGAUAAUAUUGAUGGCGAGAUAAUUGUUGUGGUACCACGCUUAGUUCACCAUCGCCACGAGGGGGUCGUUGGCUUCGUUGGGCUGGGGAGGAUCUUGCUGCAGGGGAAAAUGCUGCCCAUUUCGCCUUCCUUUGAUGGUAGGAGCUCGUUGGAAGAAAUGCUGGAGUCUCUCAGGCAGAGGCAGGGGAAUGAGAUGCCGAGAGGCUUACCACCUGAGCUGCCGGCCAGGCCGAGGGUGAAGGCAAAAACUAGGCCGCCAUCCGUCAGAAAACCGUUGCCAAUAAUCUCCCCAAGAGCUAAUGAUUUCUUAAAAAAAGAAGAGGUUAAAAGGGUGAGAGGGAAUAGUUUUGAUGAAAUGAAGGAAAAGAAGCCGGACGAAUCGCCUAGCCUCAUGUCUCCACAAAGGAAAGAUUCGAAACGGACGUCAGAACGAAUGCAGGAUGAACCAAAGUAUGCAGUUUCAUCCAAGGACUCCUUUCCCAUCUUCCCCGAGCCGGAUUCAGAUGAGAGUGUUGGUUAUUUCUUCAAAAAGAGUGUGACAGUUCCCAAACCAGACCUCUUACCUGCAAAUCCGGACAAUCUUGAGGGAGUUGAUGAUCUCAUUCAACUCAGUCAUCUUAAUGAGCCAUCAGUUCUUCACAACUUGCAAACCAGAUACUCUCGUCAAGAAAUAUAUACUAAAGCUGGUCCAGUUUUAAUAGCGAUCAAUCCUUUCAAUGAUGUCCAAGUGUGUGGGGAUGCAUAUGUUACAGCUUACAGGAAGAAGCUAGUGGAUAAUCCUCACGUGUAUGCUACUGCUGACACUGCCUAUAAUGAAAUGAUGGAAGGUGGGAUGAACCAGUCUAUCAUCAUCAGCGGGGAAAGUGGGUCAGGAAAAACAGAAACAGCAAAAUUUAUUAUGCAAUACUUGGCUGCUCUUGGUGGAGGAAGCAGUGGGAUAGAGUAUGAAGUGAUGCAGACAAACUGUAUAUUAGAGGCAUUUGGAAAUGCAAAAACAUCCAGGAAUGACAACUCCAGUCGUUUUGGAAAAUUGACUGAAAUUCAUUUUAGUGCAGCUGGAAAAAUAUGUGGGGCCAAACUAAAUACUUUCAAGAGUGGUUCAACUGGCACGUGGAGAAAGGUCAUACCAUAUCUUCUACCAGCUUUGUGCUGGGGCUCCUUCAGGUCUAAGAGGUACGAUGUUUCCAUUCAGUUACUUUGACAGACAAGUUGAAUUUAAAAGAUGCAUCUGAGUUCAACUAUCUUAAACAAAGUGGCUGUUUCGUUAUAAGUGGCGUUGAUGAUGCUCAUAAGUUCAAAAUUCUCAUGGAAGCACUAAACAAACUCAAGAUUUGUCAAAGAGAUCAAAUACAUGCUUUUGAGAUGA